AUGGCUUCUAACGGAAAUGGAGGUGGUCACCAUGGCGACUCUGAGGUGAAGACCGACAUUAUCACUCUCACUCGCUUCCUUACGGAGGAGCAGCAUAGACUUGGUCCACAUGCCACUGGUGAUUUUACGUUUGUUGCCCCAGCUUCUCUCACUGAGAGACAAUAGUUAAUCAUCAUUGAAAUAGAUUGCUAUGUCACGCCCUCCAGUUCUCGUUCAAGAGCAUUGCGUAUGGCACUCCUGAGAAUUUCCACUGACCACAAACUAAUAUCGUGGCUCCAUCUUACAGUUACUACAUCCGACGAGCCACCUUGAUCAAUGUAAGACCUCCAUUCUGCCCCUUGCCAAGCUUGAAAACUCACAAUCCCAGCUUAUCGGCCUUGCCGGCUCCUCCAACAUGACCGGGGAUGACCAAAAGAAGCUUGAUGUAAUCGGUAACGAGAUCUUCGUCAACACCAUGCGUGGUUGCGGAAAAGUCAAGGUAUUAGUUUCGGAAGAGGAAGAGGAAGCCAUCAUUUUCCCCGGCCAUGGUAAAUACGCCGUGGUCUGCGACCCCAUUGAUGGUUCGUCCAACCUUGACGCUGGUGUAUCCGUUGGUACUAUUUUCGGUAUCUUCAAACUCGAUGACGGUGCAGAAGGCAAGGCGGAGGACAUGCUCAAGCCUGGGACCGAACUGGUAGCUUCUGGAUUCACCAUGUACGGUGCUAGCGCCAAUUUGGUUCUUACUAUGAAGGGUGGUUCAGUCAAUGGGUUUACAUUAGACACUGCUCUUGGUGAAUUCAUCCUGACGCAUCCUGAUGUUGGUCUUCUCAUAGCCCUUCCUUUUCGUCUUCUACUGCGUGCUGAUUGUGAGUAGAUGAGAAUUCCGAAAUCAAAGGGGAUUUAUUCGGUCAAUGAAGGAAACUCCCUUUACUGGACUGAGCCUUGCAAGGCCUACUUUGAGAGCAUCAAGUACCCUCAGGAGCCCGGCUCAAAGCCGUACUCUGCUCGCUAUAUCGGAUCCAUGGUCGCAGAUGCCUAUAGGACCCUGUGUUACGGAGGCCUCUUUGCCUACCCCGCAGACAAGAAGAGCCCUAAGGGCAAGCUUAGGAUCUUGUACGAGUGCGCGCCCAUGGCUAUGGUUAUGGAGAAUGGUGCGUAGCUUGAUUCGGCUUUCCUCUCAAGUGUACCAAGCGCUAACCAUGGCCUCGCAGCCGGAGGAUUGGCCGUCACCAGUGAUCAGAGAAGAAUGCUGGAGGUGGUGCCCGAACACAUCCAUGACCGUUCUGGAAUCUUCAUGGGGUCAUAUGACGAGGUCACCAAGGUCACGGAUGUUUUCAAGAAGCACGGUGUAGUUGCAAAAUAGGAUGUUUUCUUUCGCUGGUCGGUAGUUUAAUUGGAAGUGGGCGUUAAGGGUAGCCCAUAUGUUACGAGUAUUUUAGACUUGACGUCUAGGAUACCAGUGCAUGCACAUUAAUUCAUCCAUUCAUUCCAAAUACCUUUCAUCCCCACAAUUCUAGGAAGCCACUGCUUGUACUUUGCUUGCGCCAAAAAUGAGUUACCUUUU